AUGCCCCGCGAAGCCCCUCAUCUUGGGGAGGUGCGGCAUUCGACGAGCAGCGGCCUUAUCCCCAUCCUCGCCACGCCGUGGUCGCCGUUUCUGCCAAUGGAUGCGUCGCUCGGCGACAUGCUCGCACAGCUGCGACACGUGGCAGCUGUUGAGGCAGCACGGGCGGCAGAACAGCAGCCCGUCAAAAUCACCAUUCGGUUGUUGUCCGUUGGCCACGUGGACACCCGCCCUGCAUACCACUCCGCCAAUGAGAUUUGGCCACGUGGGUACCAUGCAGUGUGGGAGGACCCUUUAGGAGGGCUGUGCCAUAGCGAGGUGGUGGAGCGGGGCAGCGAGGGCGAGGGGUGGGGGCAGGGGGUGCGGGAGGGCGGUAACCCGGUGUUUCGGGUGUGGAGGGAGGAUGCAAGAGAGGGAGUCAGGGAGGAGGGAGGGGGGAUGGACAGGCAGAACAUGGCAAGGGGUGGGAGAGAGGGAGAGGAGGCAUGUGGGGGAGAGCGAGAGGGUGGGAGUGAGGGAGGGGAGGGCGCGAUGGGGGAGGAGGUGCAGGCGCUGCUGUGGGAUGGGGGGGGCCCUGCGGACAUGGGGGGUUGGCGGACAGGGGGUGACUCAUGGGCGGAGGGAGAGGAUGGGCGGGAGGUGGAUGGGGGGGAAGGGGAGGGGGGGAUUGGCGGGGAGAGUGUGAGGGGAGCUGAGAUGGAGAGAGGAGGGGCGAGCAACGACUCACGUUCGCAGCUGCUUGGGGGCUCCAAGGCUGAAAGCAAGGUUCGGAUGGUGUGUGACGGGAAAACGAGUCAGCAGGCUUGGGAGAGGUUCGGAGGGGAGUGGUGGGAGCAGCUGGGUGCGACAUGGAUGGGGAGGGCUGGGCAGGGCACGGCGGAGACGAGGGGGGAGAGUGGGCGGGAGAGUGGAAGGCCGGCAGGGGGAGCGGUGGAGGAUGGAAAGAGUGGUUCCGAUGUGGGUGUCGUGGGUGAGGGGGGCGUACGAGAGUGGCAGCAAGGGGAGAGAGUGGGAGCAGAGUAUUCGGGGUGGGAGGCGGAGCGGGUUCAAUCGCUGCUGCUGAUAGACAAGUACGGGCUCUCCCACCCACCCGUGCUCGCCCUCAUAGAGGGGCAGAGCGGUGCAGAGCGGUGCGCAGGGUAUGAGUUGAGGGAGGAGCGGUGGUGGAAGGAGCGGGUGGCGAGGGAGCAGGAGAGGCAGGCGAGGAGGGGGCGUGGGAUGCAGGACGAGCAGCACGGAGGGGGGGAGCACGGGGGUAAGGGGCAAGGGGGUAAGGGGCAAGGGGGUAAGGGGCGAGAGGGUGGGUAUAUGAAGGAGGGAAUGGGGAUGGCAGGCAGAGGGCGGGUGAGCGAGUUGCAGGGUGGGGCGAGUGGGGGGCAGGAAGGGGGGGAUAGAGGGUGGGGGGAUGGGGUUCAUGGGGCGGACAGGGUGGACGGGUGGGAGGGGGCGGACGGGACGACAAGGGGAAUGGCGGUGGAAGAGGCGGCGUCAGCAGUGUCCCUUACAGCACAGCCCGCGCUGGCAGCACUGCUGGGGCUCUCCCGCUCCGACAUGCUGCGCCUCAUUGAGGUGCGCCCUGCCCCUCACUGCGCCUCAUUGAGGUGCGCCCUGCCCGCCUCAUUGAGGUGCGCCCUGCCCCUCACUGCGCGUGCGCCCUGCCCCUCACUGCGCCUCAUUGAGGUGCGCCCUGCCCCUCCCUGCCGCCCUCUCGUCUCUGCUGCGUGUCUUCUGACUUGUACGCAGCAGGACUGGCGCCGUGCUCUGCCCAUGCCAUCUCAUCAUGUAAUUGCCUCUCAUCGCUCCGGUGCCUCUCAUCGCUCCGGUGCCUCUCAUCGCUCCGGUGCCUAUCCUGCCCUUACUUACCCCUCUGCCUCCUUUCCAACUCCCCCCCCUCGCCAUCGCCUCGCCCUACCGCCUGCCCGCCCACCCCUGCAGGUGCACCACGUGCUGCACUCCUUCCUGCCCUGCCUUCCGCCGCCCUCCCCCCAUUCCCCCCCCCUGCCCGUGCUCUCCCUGCCUGCCCUCGCCCACCACCUCGCCUACCCGUCCGCCCAUCUGCCCGCAUCAGCUGGUGCAGCGAGCGCAGGCAGCGCCGUGAGUGCGGGCGAGCAGGGCCCGGGGCCCCUGGUGGGGCGCAUGCACGUGGCGCUGCUGCACCUGCUGCUGCCCGCCGCCAUGCCUGCUGUUGCUGCUCGCGAGGUGAUCGGCGGGCGCGAGAGGGAUGGAAGAGGGAAGGAGAGGGAAGCCGCAGAAACCGAAGCGAGAGUUGGUGUAGUGAGUGGUGGCAAGGGUGCUACCUCUGCUGCUGCUGCUACAGUGCGCUCUCCUGCUUCCCUCACAGGCGACCACAUGGGCUUCAGUGCUGCUGCUGUCAGUGAUGCCAGCUCCGACCUGCUGAUGUGUCCCAUUGAUGAGCUGACGUGGCCUGAGGUGGCAUGCAGGGUGCUGGCUGUGAGCACUGCAUUGCUGCAGGAAGAGAGGAAGGAGCGCAGGGCGCAUGGAGGGGAUGAAAGGGAGGGGAGGCGAGGGACGAGGGGAGGGGGAAGGCGACGGAGGGGGGCAAGCAAAGGAGGCAAAGCGGACAGGGAGGAGGAGGUCGGCCGAGGCAGCGGCAGGGAGGACGGGAGGCAAGGGGUGGGACAGGGAGGGGUGUGCGGGCGCAGCCCGUGGGAGCAGGGGCGGCUGACGCGGUGCAUCGCUGGCGAUGGCGGGCCGCUGCUGGGCCACUGGCUCGGCACCCCUGGUGCCAUGCACGACGCUGCUGCGCUGGCGACAGCGGAGAGGCAGCUUGCGCUGGUGGCCGCCUCGCAGCUGCACGCCACCACUGCCACCACUGCCGCUGCUGCCGCUGCUGCUGCUGCUGCCCCUGCGGGCGUGGCAGCAGGAGGGCUGGGCAGUGGCGCAGGCAAGGGCAAGGCGGGCCGGGGGGCAGCGGCAGCAGCGUGGUCGGGGUCAGCGGGUGACGAGCAGGGAGGGAAGGAGGCAGCGGCGGUGGCAGCGGCAGAGGAGAAUGACAGCCGUGCUGUGAGUGCCGCUGUGCCGCAGGCGCCAGGAGUGAAGGAGGAAGCGGGCAGUGAAGCUGCCACCGCUGCUCACGGUGCUGCUGGGGAUCUCCCUGGUGGGGCUGCUGGGGGUCUCGCUGGUGGCGCUUCUGGUGGGUGCUGUGCAUGCAUGGGGUGUGCUUGUGUGUGCAUGGGGGGUGUGUGCAUGGGGGGUGUGUGCAUGGGGGGUGUGCAUGGGGAGUGUGCAUGGGGAGUGUGCAUGGGGAGUGUGCAUGGGGAGUGUGCAUGGGGAGUGUGCAUGGGGAGUGUGCAUGGGGAGUGUGCAUGGGGAGUGUGCAUGGGGAGUGUGCAUGGGGAGUGUGCAUGGGGAGUGUGCAUGGGGAGUGUGCAUGGGGAGUGUGCAUGGGGAGUGUGCAUGGGGAGUGUGCAUGGGGAGUGUGCAUGGGGAGUGUGCAUGGGAAGUGUGCAUGGGGAGUGUGCAUGGGGAGUGUGCAUGGGAGUGUGCAUGGGAGUGUGCAUGGGAGUGUGCAUGGGAGUGUGCAUGGGGAGUGUGCAUGGGAGUGUGCAUGGGAAUGGAGGCACAGAGUCGUUGAUGUGUGGUCUGCAGGGCAGCCCCCGCUCGUCCCCGCCCCAGUGGGUGGUGCUGCUGGAGCCCAUCCGCAAGAUGCAGACCAACGUCGGCGCGCGCAUCCGCAACUGCAUCCGCGCCGCCCUCGACUGCCACGUGGCGCCGCCUGAUUGGGCGGUGGAGCGGCUGCAGUGGGCGAUCAGCAAGGAGGUGUACAAGGGCAACGCGUCAGGCCCCACUAAGCGCGCGGCCAUCGAGGUGAUGGACAAGUUCCUCGCCCUCCAGCCCCUCUCUGCUGCCGCCCCCCCCUCUCCCUCCGCACGUGCCGCUGCUGCUGGCUGGGGUGGCGCCAAGGUGGAGCGAGAUGCAGGAGGAGCGGCGAGGGGCGAUGGUGCUGCUGACAGCAAGGGCACGGCGAGAGAGAAGGAUGGUGGGAUGGCUGUGGGGAGAGGCGGGGCAGAGAGUGGCGAUGAUGGGGGCUGGCAAGCACAUGGCAAGUGGCACACAGGUGAGGGAGGCGGGAGUGAGCCGUGUGCUGCGCAUGGCGCUGCUGGGCCAACAUUAGCACCACACUCGGGGGCAGGCGCGGCAGCAGGGCUGGCAGGGCGCAGCGGCCUGGCGGGGGGAGCAGCAGCAGCAGCAGCGGGGCGUGUGCUGUCUCCUCUGAUGCAGCAGUGCCGCGCGGUGCUGUGGCAGCUGGCCCUGGCGGACCACCUGCGCGCCUUCACCUACUUCUGGGGCGUGGGGCCCGUGGCACCCGCGGCGGAGGGGGGGCACGAUGCCGCACAGGAUGCAGGAGGGGCAUGGGCAGGGGGGGCAGGGGAGGGCAGAGGGAGGGUGGGCAGCAGUGCAGGUCAUGUGGGCAACGAGGGGGGGGCUGGGAAGGGCGUGAGAGGGGUGGUGGCGAAGGGGUUGGCAGCGCCACAGCACGAGCAUGGGGGGCCGCGGGUGGCGCUCACAGGGGCAGGGAACAUGAGAGGGGGCGACGGCACAGGAGGGGCAGCCCUGGCAGCGGCGACGGUGGGGGGUGCGGUGGGGGGGGAAGCGCGGAGGGCGGGGUGGGCGCCGCGGCAUGCAGUGGCGCGGCCCAUUGACCUGCGCACCAUCGAUGCACGCGUGGUCAUGGGCGCCUAUGGCCACUCCGCUGAGGGCUUCAUUGCUGACGUCAAACAGAUGUGGAUGAACGUGCGAGUGGGGUACAGGAAGCCGCACCCCAUCUUCCUCUCCAUGCUGCACCUCGCACCACUCUUCGACAAGCUCCUCGCCUCGCAGGGCCUGUUCGCCACGGCUCCAAUGCUGCCCCCGCGCCCGCCAACGCCCGGACCAGACAGAGCCGGGGGAAGGGGGCGGGGGGGUCAGGCAGGGGGGGAGGCAGCAGAGGGGGUGCCCCCGUGGGAGAGGGAGGGGUGCUUGGUGUGCGGGGUGGACGUGGACGAGCGCGCCGUGCUGCUGUGCGACGGCUGCGACCGCGAGUUCCACCUCUACUGCCUCCUGCCGUCCCUCGCCCGCGUGCCCCGUGGCCACUGGUACUGCCCGCUGUGCGUGCAGGCGGGUAGGGCGCAGGAGACAGGUUGGGGAGAGGAGGAGGACGACGAGGAGGAGGAGGACGGGGAGGAAAGGGGGGAAGGAGAGAAGGAGGGAGAAGAAGAGGUGGAGGCCAGGGGCGUUGCGGUAGGAGAGGAGGGAGUGGGGAGCGAGGGGGCGGUGGGGUGUGGGGAGGAGGGGGAGUGGGAGGAGAGUGCAAUGUAUGUGGUGGCGAGGCACCUCAGCAGCUGCCACUACCACCGCAUGACCACCAGCCUUAGAAUCCUGCUUCUCCACACCCUCUGUCGCCUCGUGGUUCGCACGCCAGCCUACCAGAGCUUCUGCCACAAGCAGCAGCAGCAGCAGGAGCAGGAGGAGGAGGAGGGGGAGGAGGAGCAGCAGCGCGUGGCAGUGGCGUGGUGUGGCAGGUUCAUGGCAUGGGGCGCCACUCGCCGUCGCUCUCCGCGCUCUGCCCAGCCAUGGCGCCCCCACGCGCCCCACUGGCCGCAGCAGCUGCGCCUGCUGAUGGCUCUUGGGAGCGACUCCCAAGCGGAUAGGGGGCAGGGGUACAUGCAUGGCGAUGGGGAUGACGAUGGGGCAGAGAGUGAAAAGAGUGUGGAGGAGGUGGGAGGGAGUGAGAAGAAGAGGGGUGGAAGGACGAAGCGGUUGAGAGGCGGCAAGAGAAGGAGGACUCAGAAGAGUGUGGUGAAUGGGGGCGAGUGGGGUGAGGGGCACGGCAAGGAGGAGGUGGGGAGAGAGGACGAUCAGGGCGAGGAUAAGUCGGAAGAGGAGGAAGAAGAGGAGGAGGCAAAGGAAGAGAGCGGGCCGGAGAGUGAUGGGAGGAGUGAGGAGGGGAGUGAUGGGGAGCGGCAGGAGGUGGUGGAAGACGGGGGGGCAGGGCGCAUGCAGCUGUGGUGCUCCAGUGCCGCGCUGCCCAGGCUGAGAGGCGUGCAGGGAGAGAAGCAGGAGGCUGGUGGAGCCGUGGUGUUCGUCGGAUCGGAUGAGAUCGGACGGCUGUUCUUUGUCGUUACUAUGAGCAGUGAUGGAAGCGGAGGUCAUGACUUUGCUGCUGCCAACGAUGCUGCUGCCAACGAUGAUGGAGCCAACGAUGCUGGUGCUGCAGCAUGCAGCGGGGGAGCAGCAGCAGCAGCAGCGGUGCUGGUGUGGUGGCCUCAUGGGGCCCGUGCCUCCACCCUCAUGCAACCCGCCCUCCCCCAACCGCCUUCAUCUGCCUCACCUCGCCACACCCACCCCCCUCACCGCCUGUGGCCGGCAUGCAGGGGGGCGUGCCACCACGCAGCGUGCUCGCGCCGUGUGCCCGUGGGGAGCGCACUGCUCGCCUCCGCCACCGCUGCUGCUCGUCCUCGUGGGGGGAGUGGAGUCCGUGAGUGGGUUGGAAGUGAGGGCGAGCAGGGCGAGUGGCGCUGGUAUGUGUGGCGGGGUGCUGUAGUUCUGAACAGGGGUGCUGCCACGGGGAAAGGAAGGGACACGCUGGGUCAGACAAAGGUUGCGUCUGCCUCUGCUGCUGCUGACGUGGACGCUCUUCUUUCCUCAUUGGCUACAGCAGCAACACCUGGCAGCCAGGUGGCAAGGGUUUACAGGCGGGUGCAGCAGCUGCUACAUGAGCGGUGCGGGCGUGUGCUUGAUGCAGCAUGUGAGCAGCAGCCCGGCACCCCCGUGCAUCCCCAUGAGCCCUCACCUGCACAGCCCGCACACUCCUCCCUCUCCCUUUCGUCCCUGCCACCCCUGCACUCACUCCCACUCCACUCUAUCGAACCACCCACCAAGCCGCCCACUAAGCCAACUUCCGAGCCUCUCACCGACCCAUGCACCCCAAGCCUCCGCACCCUGCGAGCUAUGGCCUUUCUGGAAGAACGGUUCGGAGCGGUGGAGUUGGAUGGUGCCGUGCCACUGGGAGGGGAAGGGGACGGGGGAAAGGAGGGAGGCAGGGGGGAGAAGGGGAAGGGCAGAGGAGGAGAGAAAGGGGCAGCGCACAAGGGCGCCCUGGGGGCGACAGCUGGCGGUGCGGGGAGGAGGGGCGUGUGGCGGUGUGAGUGCUUGGAGCUCCAGUGGGCUGCCAGGUGGCACUGCAUGAUUUGCCACGAGACUUACAGCGCCAAGGCGGAGUUUGAAGGGCACAAGCGGGCGUGCCGGCUGAGGGCUAAGGGGGGCAGGGAGGGCGGACGGGGUGGGGGGAGGGGAGGGAAGGGAGGGGAUGUGAGGGGGGAGCGGGAGGAGGAGCGGAAGGGAGGGCACAGGAUGGGUGGAGGGGCAGUGCUUGGUGUGGGCUGCAGGGUGCAGACGAGUGGGGACCGGGCGAUGGAAGAGGGGGAGAGGGAGGAACGGCUGUGGCACAGGGUUGCAGGGGAGGAGGAAGAUGAAGAUGCAGGGACUGUGUUCGACCCCCCCAGCACUGCUGACCUGCCACCUGCUGACGUGGCAGCUCGUGCAGCCAGAAGACAUCAGUGUGAUGCUGAUGGCAUCUUUCCACCUGGCGCACUCAAGCUGUGCGACAUCAUGGCCACUCCACCAGCUGCCACGUCACCAGUUGACAUGUCACCAGCUGCCACGCUACCAGCUGCCACGUCACCAGCUGCCACGUCACCAGCUGUCACGUCACCGUCCCCAGAAGUAGCAGUUGCCCCAGGGGUGGCAGGCGGUGUUUGUGUGGGGCAGGCAGUGGUGGGCAGGAGUGUGGCGACCCUGGGCGGUCGCAUGAGGGUGGUGGGCGGUGAGCCGGGCGACGGGGCUUGCAGCACAGCGGGGCAGCGGCACGUGGUGGCACACAAGAGGACGCGAGGGGGUGAGCGGGGCGGUGAGGAGGAGGUGCUGAGCGGCUGCCAGCUGCUGGAUACCCACACGGGGAAGAGGCGGAAGAAUGGUGAGGGCAGCGGGAGGGGGAAGAGUGGAGGGGUGAGAGAGAGAGGGGAUUCUAAUGAAGGUGGGGAGGGGGGGAGGAAGGGGGAGCGUGCAGCAAUGGGAGGAGGCGGGGGAGGUGUGGUGGUGGCAGAUGGGAGUGUAUCUGCUGUCGCUGCCGCACAGGCUUCACCUGCUGCUGUUGCUCGCACUGUUGCUUGCGGCGCUGCUGCCACUGCCGCAGCCACUGCUUGCACUCAUCCUGAUGCUCACAGUGCUGGCGUUACCACGGUGACCAUGAGCACAAGUACGGAGGAGGGAGGGGAUGAGGGGGCAUUGCAGCGGAGUGGCAGCAGUGGUGUGGAGGAGUGGGAGGCGCUGUGUGGCGGGCUCGCGCCCAUAGAGCACCUCCCAGAGGGCAUCGCGCCUCCACCUCCUGCCGCUCCGCUUGGCGGUGCUCUUCCCGCCACACUUGCUCUGCCAACUCAUGCUGACGUGGAUGUGUGGGCUGCUGACAUGGAGAGGGAAGACACGGAGAGAACGGACAUGGAGGGGACAGGCAUGGAUGGUGUGUGUGUGGAUGGUUGGGGCAGGCAUGGCAGCGCACUCGGUGCCAUGGCGGGGGAUGUGACCUCCCCCAUGCCGCACCCUGCCUGGGCCAGCCCCUGGGACCACGUGCCACUGGCACCCGAUGGCACCAGCGCAGCUGACGUCAGCAGCAGCAGCUCCCGCGCUCUCAGUACCUCUCCACCGCACCCAACCGCUCUCCUCAUCCGCAACGUCUCUCUCAGCCAGCAGCCACCCACCAUCCUCCCUUCCCCGCCUGCGCCCUUGCAUCCCCAUUUUCAAGUGCCCUCGCCUGCCCUCGCUGCUCAAGUCCAUCUGGGAGGUGUGGGUGGUGGAGGGGGUGUGGCUGUGAGUGAUGGCAAGGAGGGGAGCGAGGGCGGGGCGGGGGGCGAGUGGGAGGAGGCGGUGGUGGGGGUGCUGAAGCGCGAGCUGCUGGACGUGGAGGCGGCGGCGGGUGUGGAGGCCAUGGACGGCCCGCGAGGGCGGUCGGGCAGGCGCCGUGCAUGGCGGGCCAUGGUGAAGCGCGCUGAUGCCCAGCACUGGCGCCACCUGCUGCACGCCUGCAUCCUGCUCGAGCUCGCCAUCCGUGCGGACCGCCUCGCCCUGGGCUGGCGCUUCUGGUGCUCCCCGGCUGCCGCCGCCUCCGGCGCCACGCUCUCAGCGCUGGCCCUGCGCGUGCGCGCCCUGGACCGUGCCAUAAUCUACUUCAAGGGGCCCCUCCGCCCCGCCGCUGCCGCACGCGCCCCGCCCCGCGCCCACGGCGGUGGGGGCGAGGCCAAGGGAGCAGCAGGGGGGGUGGUGGUGGAGAGCAAGAGGGGUGGGGGGGUGGCGGCGGUGGUGGUGGCGGAGGAGGAGGCGGAUGUGGUGGAGGUGUCAGCUGCGAGUGGCGAGGGGGAGGGCGGCAGUGGCAGUGGCAGUGGCAGUGUGGAGUUUGACAUGUUUGACGAGGAGACGGGUGCCGCGGCGGAGGUUCUUGAGAUGCUCAAGGCGCUGGGCUGA